UUUUGGGGUUAUCCAAAUUAGAAAAUUUGUACACAGAUUAUUUUAUAUUUUGCUGUUUAAAACCAGAGUCAGUGAGAGAGUGUCUUCCCGAGGCAGGCGAAUUCUCUUCUUGUGACGAUUUGAUGCGGAGAGAAGAAUUGCGGGUUUUCAUGUGGAUUUUAGGACUAAUGGCUCUGUUUGGUAACUUUUUCGUCAUUCUGUAUCGAUUAAUAUAUGAUAGAGAUGGGUUCAAACGUGGUUAUGGUUUGUUUGUAACAAAUCUAGGCAUAUCUGAUUUCCUUAUGGGUAUUUAUAUGGCUAUCAUUGCUGGCGCCGAUAUAAUGUUCCGUGGGCGGUAUAUUUGGAAUGAUAAAUGGUGGAGGAACAGUCCAUAUUGUCAGUUUGCUGGGGCAUUGGCUACUAUAUCAAGUGAAGCGUCGGCACUUUUCCUUUGCUUGAUCACCCUAGAUCGUUAUUUGAUAAUCAGGUAUCCGUUUGGUCAAUUCAGGAUAAGCAGACUAGCGUCAUGGAUAGCAUCAUGCUGUAUUUGGUGUUUUGCCAUAAUUGCAGCCUUAGUUCCCAUUCUUCCUGGAACUGGAUUUACUGGAAGACUUUACAGUCGAACAGGAAUAUGCUUAGCGUUACCAUUAACAAGCGAACGUACACCAGGAUGGCAAUUUUCUACUGGAAUAUUUAUCUUCUUCAACUUCCUUACCUUUGCAUUAAUAUGUCUGGGUCAGCUCUUUAUGUACAGAGCUAUUGUUAAAUCAAGUUCAAUUGUACAAAACAAAGGAAGACGAUCCAGAGAUGUACAAGUUGCUAAAAAACUUUCCAUUAUCGUCAUCAGUAAUUUUAUCUGUUGGUUUCCUAUUUGUUGUAUGGGUUUAAUGGCACUUAAUGGUAUGGUAAUUAAUAGUGAAGUUUAUGCAUGGACAGCAGUAUUUAUAUUACCAGUUAAUUCAGCUUUAAACCCAUUUCUGUAUACUGUAACGUCAUUUAUUGGAAAUAGGAAAAUGAAGACGACAACUAGAGAUGAGAGCAAAGGAACGGAAACAGAAUCUACUGCUCUUUUACGAAAACUGCAGAUAUUGUGGGACAAUCCACACCUUAAUUUCGGAACAGUACGGUUAACUGAUCACUCGACACCUUUAAAAACUCUGUUGACAUCACCGCAGCUAACAUGUAAUGGAAUGCUGUGUAUUACAGAAAUGAUUUUGCGUGGGUUAUGUGCAGUUCAUAGUCAGCAACUAUCUGUGGCUAGUUUCACCGAAGAUGAUAUAUUGGUUGUAUUGGAGAAUGGGAAAAUAGUAAAUACCCAGCUUACUACCAAAAUAGUUCUACCAGAUCAAACAAGUCACAGCCAGCUAGAUGAUAUACACAGUUUAGGAAAGCUUGUGUCCAGAAUUUUAAGACUGUAUGCAGCAAACUGCCGUAAACCCUGACAUUAAUUUGUCACGAUUCAGUCCACGUUAACGUGUACUCAGAGUGAUAAUUUAACGUUUAAUUAUGAAAACAAAAUCCAAAUAUCAAUGGUAAAUAAUCUCCCGACUUAGAUUAAGUUAUAUUAAAGAGAGGCACAUCAAAGGACUUUUAGCAAAUAUUAUAGAUGACGUUGGCUUGUUUUCAUCACAUCCCGAUUAUUUCUUCUGCAGAGAAUGCCGAAUUAGCUUUGCUAGACAUCAUUCUGCAACGAUGGAGUGAUCCCCAAGUUGGUUCCCACAAGAGCCAGCUAGAGCUGAUGGUUGAGAGAGACUUAAUUUGGAAUA